AUGGGGGGGCUCUGCCUGCUCUUGGUGGCUCUCUCUGCUGUGGCACCUGCACGAGAAACGACGUAACCUCCCAACACUCCGGCAGGGAGCACCUUGGUGACACCGGCUCCCAGAGCGCUGCGGCUGGCGGGCGGCCGGAGCCGCUGCGAGGGCCGUGUGGAGCUGCAGCAGGAGGGGACCUGGGGCACGGUGUGUGACGAUGGCUGGGACAUGCCCGACGCCGACGUCGUGUGCCACCAGCUCCGGUGCGGCCGCGCCGUGAGAGCCCCCGGCAACGCCACCUUCGGCCGCGGGCACGGCCCCAUCCUCCGGGAUGAGGUGGGAUGCCAGGGACACGAGCAGGACCUCUGGGACUGCCCGGCCGUGCUGGAGCACGACUGCAGCCACAAGGAGGACGCCGGCGUAGUUUGCUCAGAGCACCAGGAGUGGCGGCUCUCCGGAGGCCGGGAUGGGUGUGCCGGCAGGGUGGAGGUGUUUUUCCGAGGCACUUGGAGCACGGUGUGUAACAGCACGUGGUACGACACGGAGGCCACGGUGCUGUGCCGGGCGCUGGGAUGCGGGGAUGCGCUCCAGCGGCUGGCCUUCACACACACGCUCCCCGGGAAGAUGACGUACAUGUGCGGGAUCCUGCAGCCCUCGCUGGCGCAGUGCCACUGGACCUUCAACAAAUCUGCUCCCUGUUACCAAUCCUGGGCCGCCGGGGUCAUCUGCCACGGCUCCCAGGGUUUGGAGAUGCCAGUGCCCACAGUGGCUGAGGUGACGCCCAGGAAUGUCACUGUCCUGCAGGCCGAGGAGGGGACCCCGACCUUGGGGACACCACCAGUGGACAGUCCCCUCUUUGUCCUGUGCCUGGUGCUGGCCACGCUGCUCCUGCUCUCCGUGCUGGCCUUUUCCGCUGCCCUGCUGAGGCUGAGGAAGAGGAGUGCCAUGUCCUCCUUGGGAAUACCCAUGCCAGUCCUGGUGACCCACAGUUCCCAGAGCCCCAACGCACCCUCCGGGAUCCCCAACGACUACAGGGAGACUCCCACCAGCCUUCCCAAAGGAUCAGGUGGGUCUGGCAGGUCGCCCCAGGGGCUGUGGGGCCAGAGGUGCCAGGUGGUGACAGAUGCCACAUCCCCUUGUCACCCCCUAGACUGUCUGGCCAAAGUCAUUUCCAAGGAUUCUGAUUCCGACUCGGAAUAUUAUGAGUUCAGCAGCAAGCCUCCCAUCGCCCUGUCCACCUUCUACAACUCCCUGCGCCGGCAUCCCAGGGAGGACCUUCUCCCUCCGAGACCCAGCCAGGAGCGGAUGGAGCCAUUUCCUCAGGAUGGUAUGGCACAAGAGCCGGCCAGGCCGAGUCCCCCUCUCCGCAGCUCCUCCAGUUCAUCCUCAUCCAUGGAGCCCUAUUGGAAUGGCAGCAUUCCCCCCACUGCCCAUGGCUACGGCACAGCUGCCCCGGCAGUGCCUGCCCCAGUGCCCUCCCAGCCCUGGGCACCUGCAGCUCCGGCAGAUCCCGAUCCUGAUCCCGACGGCAGCUCCAGCACCUCCUCGGGGGAGUGGUACGAGAACGUGCAGGAGAGGGAGCCCCCUGAGGACCCCUCCUCACAUCCAGGUGAGGAUCCUGCGCUGCUGAACACGGGGAGGAUCCCGACUUUUCCGAGGGCAGCGACUACGACGACAUCCAGGACUCUGCCUACUGAGCCUGUCCCACCACUCCAGAGGCCAAAUCUCCUGGAAUUCUCCAGCUAUCUCCUCCAGAAUUCUCCAGCCCUCUCCUCUGUGCUGCCAUUAAAAGUUUUUCCCACCGUGUCCCUUGUCCACAGGGGUGUCACCAGCCCUGCAGUGAGGCUGGGCCACCAAGGGCUCCCACUCAUCCACUAA